AUGAUGUUCAAACACCUCCUUGCCCUAGCAUCUCUCUCAACCCCCAUCCUCACAGUUUCUAUAUCACCAAAUUACUCCAACACUUCCUCCCACCAAACCCCCAACUACACUUUCGACCAACUCUACAACCUCACAAACCGCUUCCUCCAAAACCACAUGUACCCCCUCAACAUCGCCCAAUCCCUGUCCAUAAACUCUUCUCUGCUCAGUGAAGACAUCUUAGGUCGUGUAGACGCCACCCGCGACUACGCAGGCCGCGAACUCAACACUGAAUACCUCUUUGGCCUAUUCGCCAACAUUGCUCUAAAUCCUGAUGCUUUUACUCUGCUGGGCUAUCCAGUAAACUAUACGUUCACACGGUUUCUGGGCAGUGGCAAUGUGGUCAGUUUUGCAGCUGUGGUGGAGUACAUGUUGCCAGUCACCAAAACGACCAUACCCCAAGAAUUGGAUUUCUGGGUCACGUAUAAUGACAAAGGGGAGAUUUCGCAAUAUGAUGGGAAAGCAAAUCACAGANUCCACCAAAACAUGGUUCCCCUACGUCCAGACGUACAUUGCCCACACAUUGGUCCCUCGGGCGGAGGCAUGUGUGUAGACGACCGCACCUACAUCGGCAACCUCGAGGAAAAUUACUUCGUCAACACGCCAUUCCUGGAUCCCAAACUUGCGGUUGGAGAUUUUCCCUAA